GGUUGCUCCCCCAAGCUUUCGCAGCAAAACUCGCCCCGGAAGUUAUUUGGCCAACCUGGAAACACCUCCAUCCAUCAGCACUCGUCGCCAAACACAACAACGCUAUCAGCCCGCCGGCCUUCAUCGCGUCCACCGCCAUCGCCUUCAGCCAUCCAUUGAUCGAAUCGCCGGUCGACUCUACUUCCUUUUGUAGCUUUCAAUCACAUCCUCAGCACAAUGUCUCCCACAGAACUCUGCCCGGCGUACGCGCCCUUCUUCGGCGCCAUGGGCUGCACGGCUGCCAUCGUCUUUACAUGCUUCGGCGCCUCGUACGGAACUGCCAAGUCUGGCGUCGGUAUCGCCGCUAUGGGUGUCCUCCGGCCGGACCUGAUUGUCAAGAACAUCGUUCCUGUUAUUAUGGCCGGUAUCAUUGGUAUAUACGGCCUGGUCGUCUCCGUCCUGAUCUCGGACAACCUGAGCCAGAAUGAAUACGCCCUCUACACCGGAUUCAUUCAGCUUGGUGCUGGUCUGGCUGUCGGCCUUGCCGGUCUGGCUGCUGGCUUCGCCAUUGGUAUUGUCGGCGACGCUGGCGUGCGCGGCACGGCCCAGCAGCCUAGACUCUUCGUCGGCAUGAUCCUGAUUCUCAUUUUCGCCGAAGUUCUGGGUCUGUACGGACUGAUUGUCGCCCUUCUCAUGAACUCCAAGGCCACGGUCGGCGUCAAGUGCCAAUAAGCGAGCACACGUCCCGAGAGCAAGUGCAGACACGCCAAUGUUGCAGUUUAUUGGAUGUCUGAGCAGUUUGUAGCUUCAAACAGCUUUGGUUGGAUUAUUCAUCUGCCGGCGUCUGACUGCCGUCAAACAGAACGACAUACUGUUUCCUCGCUGAUCAAGCAUCUUGCACGAGGAAAUGGACGGGGAAGAUACCAGAACGCCGAGUUGCGGACAAAAGUGUUUUCUGGUCAGGGUUGGCAUCGUUAAGCAGUUAAUGGAUGCGUUGGUGCGGUCAUACAUGUACUAUCGGCAAAUCUUUUCAUACAAUCAGUGCUUUUGGGUGGUAUUGGGUUCGUCUUGCGUUCAUCUUGGACUUAUUGGUGGGCAAGCAAGAGUUUGUAUAGUCUAGGGUUUUCCCAAUCUCAAAAUUUUGCAUACACUAGCCAAGGUGUCGAAACUGGUCUGCUUUAUGGUGACG